GCAGAAGCGGAAGUUUAGAAGUGAGGAAGAGCCCGCAGCUCUGGGAACCCCACAGCAACGUUACAGCAGAUCGUUCCCUCUUCUGUUAGUUGUCGUUUUUUCUUAGUUUUAUAAAAUGUCUAAAAACACAGAAAGUGGUCGCUUCAGGAAAGUGGACGUGGAUGAGUACGACGAGAACAAGUUUGUGGAUGAAGAGGACGGAGGAGAGAACCAGAGCGGACCAGACGAGGCGGAAGUGGACUCUCUGCUCAGACAGGGGAACAUGAAUGGAGCUCUCACCGCUGUACUGAAGAACCCCCCCAUCAACACCAAGAACCAGAACGUCAAGGAUCGGGCAGAGCUGCUGGUUGUGAAGGUGCUGAGCAGUUUUAAGAGCAGCGAUAUAGAGAAGGCAGUGAACUCUCUGGACAAGGCCGAUGUGGACCUGCUGAUGAAAUACAUCUACAGAGGCUUCGAGAAACCGUCUGACAACAGCAGCGCCGUGCUGCUGCAGUGGCACGAAAAGGCUCUAGCAGUGGGAGGAGUGGGCUCUAUAGUCCGAGUCCUGACUGCCCGGAGAACGGUGUGAUGCCGCACAAGCCCAAAGAACCGACCUGGUACCAGAAAUGAGUCUGACUGACACUCGAUCACCGGAGCUGAGUGCAGGGACAAGCCUCUUCUUCUUCUGCCCUUAUUUUUUAUACUGAAACUGAGCGUCUUUCCUCUUUUUUUCUGCUCUCACGCUCUGAGCUGUGGGAUUUAAAGGAGCUGGCAGUGAGACAGGGAGGUGCUGGCACCUCGCUCUGUCUCUGUCUGCCAGCCACGCAGUGAGGACAGACUCGUUUCAGACGCUUCACUUUCUCUCCAAAGCUGCUCUGCACUCUUUCAGAUGGCUUCACAGCUGCUCUGACUCCUCUGCUGGCUCCUCUAACACCUCUUCCUCUGAAGCCUCCGAGUCGUCCAGGUUAGAAAUGGAAAAAUGUCUUCCAGAUGGAGGUGGCUUCCAUUUAAUUUUCCAGUGCAUGCUGGGAUUGGGGUCCAGUCUUUUCCUGAUCAUUCUUUCUUUGAUACCAUCUUUGUUUAUCAUCUUUGUUUUCUACUUUCAUCAUGAUGUUGGGGCCUACUUCUUUUUUUAUAUAUAUAUAUAUAAAAAAAUAAAGUGCUAUACCUGAAUAUGGA